AUGGAGUCGGUAAAACAAAGGAUUUUGACCCCAGGAAAAGAGGGGCUAAAGAAUUUUGCUGGAAAAUCCCUUGGCCAGAUCUACAGGGUGCUGGAGAAGAAGCAAGACACUGGGGAGACCAUCGAGCUGACGGAGGAUGGGAAGCCCCUGGAGGUGCCCGAGAAAAAGGCUCCACUGUGCGAUUGCACCUGCUUCGGCCUGCCGCGCCGCUACAUCAUCGCCAUCAUGAGCGGCCUGGGCUUCUGCAUCUCCUUCGGCAUCCGCUGCAACCUGGGCGUGGCCAUCGUGGACAUGGUCAACAACAGCACAAUCCACCGAGGGGGCAAGGUCAUCAAGGAGAAGGCCAAAUUCAACUGGGACCCAGAAACCGUGGGGAUGAUCCACGGUUCCUUCUUUUGGGGCUACAUCAUCACCCAGAUUCCGGGCGGCUACAUCGCGUCUCGGCUGGCAGCCAACAGGGUUUUUGGAGCUGCCAUACUUCUUACCUCUACUCUGAAUAUGCUAAUCCCAUCAGCAGCCAGAGUGCAUUAUGGGUGUGUCAUCUUUGUUAGGAUAUUGCAGGGACUUGUUGAGGGCGUCACCUACCCAGCAUGUCAUGGGAUAUGGAGCAAAUGGGCUCCUCCUCUAGAGAGGAGUAGAUUGGCAACCACCUCCUUUUGUGGUUCAUAUGCUGGAGCUGUGAUUGCAAUGCCUUUAGCUGGCAUUCUUGUACAGUAUACUGGUUGGUCCUCAGUAUUCUAUGUCUAUGGAAGCUUUGGAAUGAUCUGGUACAUGUUUUGGCUUUUGGUGUCUUAUGAGAGUCCUGCAAAGCAUCCUACCAUUACAGAUGAAGAACGUAGGUACAUUGAAGAAAGCAUUGGAGAGAGUGCAAAUCUUUUAGGUGCAAUGGAAAAAUUCAAGACUCCAUGGAGGAAAUUUUUUACAUCUAUGCCUGUCUAUGCAAUAAUUGUUGCAAACUUCUGCAGAAGCUGGACUUUUUACUUAUUGCUUAUUAGUCAGCCGGCAUAUUUUGAGGAAGUCUUUGGAUUUGAAAUCAGCAAGGUUGGCAUGCUAUCUGCUGUGCCACACUUGGUAAUGACAAUUAUUGUACCCAUUGGAGGGCAGAUUGCAGAUUUUCUAAGAAGCAAGCAAAUUCUUUCAACAACUACAGUAAGAAAGAUCAUGAAUUGUGGUGGUUUUGGCAUGGAAGCAACACUGCUUCUGGUUGUUGGCUAUUCUCAUACUAGAGGUGUAGCUAUCUCAUUCUUGGUACUUGCAGUGGGAUUCAGUGGAUUUGCUAUUUCUGGUUUCAAUGUUAACCACUUGGAUAUUGCUCCGAGAUAUGCAAGUAUCUUAAUGGGCAUUUCAAAUGGUGUUGGCACAUUGUCAGGAAUGGUUUGCCCUAUCAUUGUUGGUGCAAUGACAAAGAAUAAGUCACGUGAAGAGUGGCAGUAUGUUUUCCUGAUUGCUGCCCUGGUCCACUAUGGCGGAGUUAUAUUUUACGCAAUAUUUGCCUCAGGAGAGAAGCAACCCUGGGCAGACCCUGAAGAAACAAGUGAAGAAAAAUGUGGAUUUAUCCAUGAAGAUGAGCUUGAUGAAGAGACAGGGGACAUUACUCAAAAUUAUAUAAAUUAUGGUACCACCAAGUCUUAUGGUGCCACAACACAGGCCAAUGGAGGUUGGCCAAAUGGUUGGGAAAAGAAAGAGGAAUUCGUACAAGAAGUACAAGACUCAUACACCUAUAAGGACCGAGAUGAUUAUUCAUAACAAAGCUAAUUGCUGGAUUUAUUUUUAGUGUUUGUGAUUACAUUAAUUGUGAUUGCACAAAAAUUUAAAAAAAAAAAAGUGAUGUAAACACAUAAACAUAUCAACCAGGCAACUCUUGCUAUAAAAACGAAUCAAAAAAAACAAACAAACAAAGAAAAAAACUCAUGAAGUUUCCAUCAAGUGCAAUCUGUAGAAGUUGUGAAAUGCCAUCAUUUCCAUUCAGGUCAUCCAUUUUUGCGUUUGUGAUUUAAUGGUUGACUGGUCAAAAUUGUAGAAGCAAGUAGUUACUCUUUGGAUUCACGUGAGCUAAAACUCAUCACCAUUUAAUAAAGCACAACUAAAACAGUUGGCACAUCCCAUCCUACAAAGGUUAGGAAGCCAAAGCUACUUGAUCAUGCAAAAUGCACUUAUAUAUUUGUUACACUGUAUUGCAAGGUAUCAUGCAGAAGUCCUGUUAAGAAAACUAAAGAUGUCAUGUUGGCUGCAUCAGGUGUUGGCAACAUUUAUUGAAUAUAAAUUAUAGAGUUGAUAUAUCUCUCAAUUAGAGAAGAAUAUUGUGGGCUAGCAACUAGCAAGGUGUACUAAAUAAUUAUUGUUAUUACAUAAUGUGGAAUAUUUUGUUGGUUCUGAAAAGAAAUAUCUUGCAGUGUUUUAUAUGAAAUGCUUGUGCGCAUAUACUUAUAUCUGUGAAAGAGAACUUGUAAAGUGGGGGGGUAUGCUUCAUGUUCUUCCAUUCAUUUACCUAACAGUAUAAAACACUUCACACUUCAACAAAAUCUGACGUUUCAUGUAGCAUAUCACAUAACUUUUUUGCAAAAAAAUAUAAAAAGUAAAUAGACUUUAAUGUAUUUUUUAUUACAACUUUGUACUGGUUGUAACUUGCAUUAGAAAAAAAAAGAUACACAUGCCAUAAAGAAUCUAAUAAGAAAUUUACUACGGAGAUAUAUCCC